AUGUUGUCGAUUAUUCCGUACCACUGCGUCGAGUUUGGAGAUGGGGGUGACCGACCUGUACGGGACCAGCGGGCGCAGGCCAGACGCAUGAAGGAAGAGCUGGAAGAUAUCAACACCAGGGUAAACAAUGCCGUCCAAGCCUUCGAGCAGGCGAGCAACAAACUGUGUUUGGAGAGAGCUUACCAGACCAACAUCGAGUUUGUGGAAAAUGUGGGCCAGUUGGACAGCAUGCUGAGUGACGCGGAGGGGAGAAGGAUGUAUCAGCAACGGGUCAGUGUGUUUAUCGUGGGUUACCGGAGAGCGUGCGGGCUGAGGAAGCAGCUGCUCUCCCAGCUGAGUGAGUUCUUCAGCCAACACAGGGUGGAGGUGGACGAGGAGGUCCAGGGGCCACUGGUGCGGUUGGAGCUUGAAGACAUCUCCCAGAAGGUGAGAAGGACCUCAGGUCCAUGCCAUUUUGUUUUGUGGUCUGUUGUCCAGGUGACUGAUGCAUUAUGGUCGGCUGAGCAAGGAAUACUGAAGCUGGCCGAUCUCAGCAAAGAAAUUAAGAAAUUCAACAGCAGUGCAGCAGUGAUGAAAGACACCAAGGGAAGUCGGAAGAAGCUGGAAAAGUCCAUAAACCAGGCCAAGGAAAACAUCUCGCAGCUGAGGCAGAAACUGAAGGAGGCCCAGAAUGAGCUGGAGGCCAAGGACAGGGCGUUGGCGGAGCUGCUGAGGCAGACUCAGGGCAGUCAGCUACAGAACCAGCUGCUCCAGAGUCAAAUGGAUAUCGUGCAGAAAUCCAUCCGAAAUUUGAGCCAGGACUAUGAAGGGCAGAAGAGGCUUCUGGAAGAGGAAGUGAGGCGUCAGCAGGCCCGUGUCGAAGAGUUGGAGAGCGCGGUCAGAGAGGGCCCGCUGCUGGAGCAGGAACAUGGCGCCCAGCUACCGGAGGCACGUUGCCAGGCAACGGAGUCGCCACGUCAACUGAAGAAUGAGAUUGACCAACAUCCUGGGGAAGGGCCUGAAGGAGAGGUGUUGGCCGGGGAUGUGGAGGAAGAGGAGAGAGGAGCUGCUGCUGCUGCAAGCGACCAGGAGGAGGAAGCUCCCGAGCUGCUGGAGGACCCUCUGGAGGAGCUGCUGGAGGAUGCUCAAACUCAGACCUACGACAUUGGAUGGGACGGCCAGGCUGACGUGGCUGAGCUGAAGCUGAAAGUGGAUCAACAUGUCAUCACUCUCCAGGAAGCACAGAGAGAACUUCUACUGAUACAAGGCCAAGAGUUGGAUGAAGUUCGAGAGGUCCACCAGAUGGAGACGAGGCAACUGCGAGACCACCAUCAGAUGCAGAGGAGGCAUCUCCAGGUUGGUGAAGCUGACGGCUGGGAGGAGGUGGACUGGAUGAGUGAGGAGCUGAUGAACAGUGACAUCGAUUCAGAACAAGACUCCACUAACAAGGAGACCGGGGUGUCUGGUGAGCCGAGCAGGAGCCGGAGUCGGGGGAGCUCCCGUCAGUCAUCCCGUGCCCCGACACCGCGAGAUGAAGGCACGUCCCCGGAGAACUUACUGCCGCUGCAAAGCGAAGACUCGCCGCGAGUGGUGACUGGAGAUCACGGAACUCCAGAAAGAAGCCAAUGGCAGUUUGGGUCGGGGGGUGAUGGAAUGGUGUUGCCGGCAGUGACAGAGCACGAGGUCACGGCGUUUGAGCCCACGUCUGAGGGAGGGGGUUUGGAGACCACCCAGAGCUCCCCCUCUCCUCCUACACCCUGUGUUGAUGUGUCUGCACUGGCAGUAGUGGACGGACGGUGUGACAAAGGCACUCAGUGUCCUGAAGGGGGCGGCGAUGAGCGCCGGGAGUCACCGGGUUCACCGGCGGGUCCGCGCAGCAGCCGUGACGUUCGAGCAACCUCCUCCAGCGACAGAACAAGAGCUGCCCGCAGGAUCUGUCAGAUGCUGAACCAGUUCACGAAGACGUUGAGUGAAAUGCUUCUCCAUGAAGGGUUGGAGAAGUUGGCCCGACAGUUGGACAUGCCUGACACCUGUAGGACUGAAGGGCAGCCGGAGGGACACGAUUGUCUAGACGUGGUGACGAGGUGGUGUGACACUCUGCUUCCUGCAGUCAUCUCUGCCUUCUCUGGACUUCUUGCGUCUCAUGUCAGUCCGGGCACUCCACGGCACGAAGACGAUCCCACAUCACCUGAAGAGUCCGUACCAGACGUGAGACCGUUCUCCGCACCCACUGCCCCGCUUCACCAAGAAGAGGACAAGCAACACGCGGACACAGCGACACAAACAGAAGAUGCUGGCGAUACGCAGCAGGUCAGGCAGCAUCCGCGGUGGGGGAGGAACUCUAAAUGUUUCAGACCUGGAACCCUGACAAAAGAGAAGCGAGUUAGUCUGAGAGGCAGAGAGGUUGGCGGGAAGCGAGGAAAUGAAGGGGAUGUGGGCAGUGCCCCUGUGGGCGAGUGGGGGAGUUGUCCCACACACAGCGCCAGGCCGCAGGAACGAGCGAUAGACCGCGGUGAGAGGCCAGCGGGCGAUGGGCCUGCCCGCGGACCCCCUGACUACAUGGCCGUGUUCUUCACACGGCUGGACCUGGAGCGGAACCUGCGGGCCCUGCGUCAGGGCCUGGUCUGUGGCCGACUCCCAAAGAACACCUACGAGCACGUCGCUGCAGUGAUGCAGGGUUACGGGGAGCUGCAGCAGGAGCGCCUGUGCAGCCUGGUGAAGAGCUACAGCAGCUUUGUGCGGAGCUGGGAGGCGGUGGGGAGGACCAGCGCAGAGGGACCCCCCCCUCGACCUCUGGCAACAAGGAUGGAGGCUCUCCACAGGCAGAGAGCCCGGUGCUGGUGCAGGGUGAACAGCAGGUAUUCCGAGCGCCGCCUGCAGCUGGCUGCCCUACUCACCAGCACACUGAAGCAGGUGGAAGCAGAGUCUGGCAUCUUCCUCAUCAAACCUGUCAUCUCCUGGCAGGGAAGGUAA